AUGAUUUUCAAACCGCUGUACCCUGAGGUCUCGCCUCUGGCUGACCAGAACGUGCACGACUUCCUGUUUAACGAGCCUGCACGCACACCUGAUACUGACUACCCCAUCCAUAUCGACGCGCUCACAGGUGAAAGGAGGACUCGCAGUGAGUUUGUUGAACGCGUUCGCGAUGGUGCUACCGCCCUUGUCGCGCCCUCCUCUUCCGGCGGCUUCGAGAUCGGGCCUAACGAGCAUGUCGGCAUUCUGAGCUACAACAGUCUCGACUAUCCUGCCCUGAUGCAUUCGCUAUUGGUGGUGACGGUCCCGUUCGCCCUCCUCUCUGCGUACUCGACGACGCCAUAUGAGAUCUCAUAUGCGGCGAAGUCAGCAAAAGUCACUCGUAUCUUCGUCGAGCCUGGUCUCCUACAGGUGGCGUUGGAGGCCGCGGAGGAAGCUGGAAUCUCCGAAGAACGCGUUCAUAUCUUGGGUAGCCCUGUCGUAGGAAAAAAAAGCUAUGGAGAGGCUAUAGAUGAAGUCAGGGCGCGACAACUGCCCAGAAUCUCCGUGAAGCCCGCGAAGAAGGACACCGUCGCCUACUUUGUAUUCUCCAGCGGGACGACAGGGUCUCCGAAGGUCGUCAUGCUCACACACGGUAACGUGUGCUUCUCAUUAGUACAAGGUGAGAUGAUCGCGAAGGAGGAGCCUCCUGUGCCGAAGGCAAUCGUCCUGGCACCUUUGCCCAUGUCACACACGUAUGGAAUGGGGCUUAUCUGCUUCCGCGGCUUCCAGUCGCCCACAAGCCUAAUUAUCAUUCCCCAGUGGGACCUCAAGCUCGUACUCGAGAUAAUUCCUAAAUAUCGCGUAAAUGUGAUGCACAUGCGCCCGAGCCAGUUGCACGAGCUUGCGCAUUCCAAAGACCUCAAGAAGGAGUCUUUUGCCUCCGUCAUGGUCAUCGGUAGUGGAUCUGCCUAUCUUCCGCCAGGUAUUGCUCUAGCUCUACAACAGGCAAUCAGACCAGGACUACCCGUUGUUCAAGGCUUUGGGAUGUCUGAGAUUGCAAGCAUUGCACUUCGAAUGCUCCCACCCUCCGCCUUUGGCGGACGCGUCCCGCCCGACUUCAACACGGCAGGGUUACUGCUUGCAGGACUCGAGGCGCGCAUUGUGCUCUCGGACGGUUCUGAUGGAGGCGUAGAUGAAAUCGGGGAGCUAUGGCUCCGCGGGCCCAACAUCUCCCUUGGGUACUACGGUGACGAAGCGGCAACCAAGUAUGCGUUCACUGAGGAUGGCUGGCUCAGAACAGGAGACCACUUCAGGAUUGAUCAAUAUGGCAGAUUUUUCUUUAUCGAUAGAAUGAAGGAAAUUUUCAAGAUAUCUGAUUUUCAGGUUUCACCAACAGAGAUCGAAGAUGUGCUCCGUGCCCAGCCUGAAAAGCUCAUCACAGACGUCGGCGUUGUCGGUAUUCCAGCCUCCGGUAACGAUAAUGGUGCUGUGGCAGGCGAGUGCAUCCCGAGGGCCUGGAUAGUUCUUAGCCCAGAAGGCGAGCGACGUGGCGUGGAAGCCGUGAUCAAGGUGCUCGAUGAGUGGACCAAGCAGAAGCUAACUCGGUAUAAGUGGAUCACUGGCGGGUUUGAGGUGACUGAUCAGGCAUGUAUAUUUGACGUGCUCUUUGUGGUAUUUGUUUCACUAAUGCAUACUACUGGUAAUUACUCCUUGGACGCGCAGAUACCGAUGUCAGCGGCGGGGAAAAUGUCCCGCAAGACGCUGCUGGAGCGCUUUAUGACUCAACGAGGAUAG